AAUCAUGGCGUCUUCCGUGGACGUUCACGUCCGAAUUUGUGGACAAGAAAUUAUAAAAUAUGACCUAGAAAUCAAGGCAUUGAUUCAGGACAUCAGGGAUUGCCCCGGACCUCAGUUUGCUCUCAGGGAGCUCAACUCUCAGGUCAAAGAGAAGUUCAACAAGCUCAGGCUCAGAAUACAGGAUCUGGAGCAGAUGGCCAGAGAGCAGGACAGAGAGACGGACAGACAGGCCAUUCAGGCAGAGGCAGAGAGCCAGCGAAGGCAGAUGCUGAGUAACCAGACAGCGUGGAGGAAAGCUAACCUGGCUUGUAAACUGACUAUAGACAACACGGAGAAAGAUGAGUUGCUGCGUGGAGGAGAAAACCAGAGCAUCAAACAGAGGAAGGCAACUAAAGAAAGUCUAGUUGAAACCAGCAGCAGCAUCACUGAAGGUUUGAUGUCCAUCAGUAGGAUGAUGGCUGAACAGGUCAAGCAGAGCGAGGACACUAUCAACACACUGGCCACUUCCUCUAGAACGGUGCAGGAAACCAACGAAGAGUUUAAAAACAUGACAGGGAACAUCCACCUGGGGAGGAAACUGAUCCUGAAGUACAACCGGCGGGAGCUUACAGACAAGCUGCUCAUCUUCCUGGCUCUGGCGCUCUUCUUCGCAACCGUCCUCUACAUCCUUAAGAAACGUCUCUUCCCCUUCAUUUAGCCAACCCGCCGGAUCAACCACCUGCUCACAAGGAGAAUGUUUUCCAGGUAUUUUACUCAGCAGGAAGAUACCACAAGGAUUUAUAGCAGGUAUGGAGUUUAAACAUGGACUACAUGUACAUGGAGAGUUUGAAGCAGUUUUGAAACUGGACUGCAGCACAGAGAAACUGUUAGGUGAAAAAUGUUACCUUGUUUAGCAACCUCGUUUUUAGCUUGAACAAAAUGCAACACGUGUUAAUAAGAUGGAUAUGAAGGGUUUUGUAAGAUCAACUUAAGUGAAAGGGGCAUAUUGACUAAAACUGGCAUUAUGAGGUUUCAUACAACAACAUGGGUGGGUUUAAAGCCUCAGUAUGCUUCUUGACACUGUUGUAAGGCAAAAGAGUUUAUACUUGUUGCAAAUGGCUGCAGUCAAAAGUAUGCCAACCUUUGUCUGUUGGAAUCAUGCUGCUGUGCAGUCUUGCUGUGGCAAUUUGCACAAUUCGAGAUAAGGCCACAAACUUUCAGACACUUUCCCUGCUCAAAGGCCUUCGUGGUUUUGCACGAAAAGUGACAAAAGUAAGAGAAAAGAUCAGAUCCUGCUUAUUUUCACCACCUCUGCACGCCUGACCUGAUGUUGCGUGAAGGACACUUUGAAGCAUACUGAGGCAUUAAUAUUUCAUCUGGCAUUCAGAACUAAUGUAUGCAAGAACCUUCUUUUGUUUACUUUUUGUCAAAGUAUAGUCUGUGUCCGUUUGUGCUGACGCGAGAUAGUGUGUAUGUUUGUCUGCUUUGGACGGUUGUUUUAAAGAUACUGUCAUUUACAUUUUACCUUGUGCCUUUCUUCCAUCCAAUCACACGUCCAGACUACUGAACCAGACUACUGCUGUGCUCAGUCAGUGUGUGAAUGUUAAACAGAAGGUCUGUUUGUUAAGAUAAAGUUGAAUGUAUUUCUAAAAUAUGCAGGUUAAUGUUGUUAUGCAGCAUUACCACAGAUGUGCCAGUAGAUGGCAGAAUACCCAACGUUAUGUCACCAUCAGAGACGCAACACUGCAUUUGUGUAAAAAACAUGUUAAACAGGUCAGGACUAACGUAAUAAACAUGCUUCUCUCUGUCCAGUGACAUCAUUAGAGUUUAUUUAAUUUCAAUCAAAUCUGCU